AUGCACCAUAAUGAGUAUUAAUUAUUUUUAUGGCUAAUUAUGAAAAUAAUUCAACAAACUGAGCAAGUUUGUUAACUGUCUUUACAAUAAUGGGAAUAUAUAUUGGCCAGAAAGUGGACUAGAGAUUAUCUCAAAAACCGAUUGGAUGAUUCAUUACUAUUUUAAAUGAUAUCAAUAAGCUAUGCAUGCUGCUCCAAAGUUGAAGAAAAAAUUGGAUAACUUGGAAAAACAUCAAUAGCAGUGUAUAAUUUAAAGAAAGCAUUGCCAGAUGUAAACCUUAACUGA